AUGGCGGAAGAGGAGAGGGAUAAGCCUCUGACUCCUCCAGAUAAGGAAGAAGUGCAGCCUCAGAAUGCCCAGCAGUAUGAACGGGUUCACCUUUGGACCUCCCAGGAAUGUGAUAGUGAUUGUUGCAGGGAAUCUGAAGAGCAAAAGCAAUAUCCAGUAGAAAAGAACAAGUUUCACCUGGAAGAUCCAUGUAGGACUGAAGGAGGGGGAAAGCCCAGUGUAGAACCAAAGAGCAGGGACAGUGAACUCGGUUCCGAACAUGAAGCAUUGCCUGAAGAAUAUGAGGAAGAUCUUCAGGAAAUGGGAGAUGACAACCUGAAGGUAGCCAACAAGAUGAUGAAACAGGCUAUUGAAAAGGAAAGGGAAGCCUUUCAUGCACUGAGAGCAGGUGAACUUCACAGGACUGUUGAGCUCUUCACUGACGCCAUCAGGUUCAGCCCACAACUCGCAGUCUUGUAUGUAAGCCGGGCCACCGUCUACCUGAGGUUGCUGAAACCAAUAGCUGCCAUAAGGGACUGUGACCAAGCAAUAAAAAUAGACCCUGAUUCUCCACAGCCCUACCACUGGCGAGGGAAGGCAUUCCAGCUCCUGGGUCACUGGCACAAGGCUGCCAGAGACCUUGAACUGGCCUGCCAGCUGGGCUAUAAUGAAGACACCGAUUGCAUGCUAACAGAAGUCCAGAGAAGAAUCCAGGGAAGAAAACAAAGGGACUAUGAUGUUGUGGGUAUAGCAGAAAGGGUGAAAGAAGAAUCAAAGGAGGCACUAUUAAGAACUAACAAAGCCCCCAAAGAUAUGGAAAGAAUUAAGAAAGCAGCCCUGGAGGAAAAAUACAACUCUCAGGACAUGGACCAAUCUUGGGAAGAGGCCAUGAAGAAAGACCAUAUACAAGCUGAGCAAAAGAGGAACACACCACAGGAUGUGACAGAGCAACAGGAGAGUCUGGAACAAAAAGUGUUGCAGAAAGCAGUGCCGUCCCCGGAACUUGAGCAGCAGUUGUUUGCUUUGCAGAUGAAAUUGUUAGAACAGUUUAAAAUUCAACAGAUGGGGCUUGAGGAAAAGAAGAAAAACACAUGGAAAGUUCUGGAGCAACAGGAGAAUGCACAGAGGUUGUUGGAAGAAGAGAGAAACCAAUUUAAGACUCUUCAGGAACUGGAGAAAGCUCAACAGCUGGCUUUGGUAGGACUGAUAAAGACAGCCAAGGAAGAAUAUGAGAGUGCUCAGAAGAAACCCCUGGAAGAAAAAGAGCGAGCUGAAAAAGCCCUAGAGGAACUAGCAAGAGCUCAGAAAAAGGCCCUGGAAGAGUUGGAAAUGGCUCAAAAAAACGCGCUGGAGGAGCUGGAGAAGGCUCAUAGAAAGGCCCUUCAAGAGCAAGAAAGAGUUUGGAGAUCUGCAUUAGAAGAACAGAAGAGAGCUCAGAAGGCUCUUGAAGAGCUGAAGCUAUUGCGUAGAAAAGUUGUGGAGGAGCAGGAGAGAGCUCAAAUAAGGGCUGUCAGAGAACAAGAGAGAGCACAGCAAAUCCUAAAAGAACUUGCAAAGACACAGCAACAAGCCUUAGAGGAGCAGGCAAAGGCUAAGAAUGAACAAAACAAAGCUAACAAAAUCUUGGAAGAAGUGGAGAAAGCAAAAAAAAAGGCCCUAGAAGACCUUGAGAGAGCUCAGAAAAAGCUCCUGCAUGAGCAAGAGAAAGCUCAGAAGAAAGCCCCGGAGGAACAGGAGAGAGCUCAGAAAGCCCUGGGGACAUCUCAGGAAGGGUGUGUUGGAAAGCAAGGGAACUUUAAGGAGAAAGUUCUUGUGCAAUGGGAAAGACCCCAAAAGAAUCUUGCUGAAGAAGAUGUGCAGUGUCAAAGGAAUACUGAAGAGACUGGGUCAGUCUGCAAAAUAUGCUCUGGAGAGCUGGAAAUCACUCAGAGCAAAGACCUGAAAGAACAAGCAACAUUGUCUUUGCAACAGGGAACACACUCGAAGAGAGAGGCAGAAGAACAGAGUUCUGGUCCAAAACCUGUUCUGGAGGAAGGGCUAAGCCCUGGGGGAAGAACUGACCAGCCAUGA